AUGUGGAAUGUAUUUAACUUCAACAAUUUGGACGAUAAGUUGAAAAACACAAAAAAUGAGAAGGAAAUUUACACACAUGAGGAUUUGAGGUACUACUUCGAAAAGUUAGUGAAAAUAAACCUGAACAAUGUGAAUAUAAAUAACUUCAUCGAAUUGUUGAGGAAAAUUACGCAGAUAACAAUAUGGGGAGACAAAUAUGACGACCAAAUUUUUCAGUACUUUUGCGAAGAUAACAUCUUUAACCAUUUUAUAUACCUGCUUAGACAAAACAUAAAUAAAAACAUAAGAAUUCAAAUAUACCAGUCGCUUACUCUAUUAAUACAGAACUUGCAAAAGGAUAUAUCCCUAUACUACAUUUUUAGUAACAACAAGAUAAACAAUCUUAUAUACACAACAUUUAUUUACCAAGAUGAUGAAAUAAUGCCAUAUUACAUUUCCAUGAUUAAAUCUAUAUCAUUUUUCUUGAAUUAUCACACGUCCAAGUUCUUCUUUAAUGAGAAGAGUAUGAAAUUCCCCCUGUAUACAGAAUCCUUGAGACUGUACAAAUUCAACGACAUAAUCACGAGAACUUAUGUCAAAAAUAUAAUUCUUAACAUUUUGAAAAUUGAAGAUGAAGGAAUUGAAAAUUUCAUUCUUUUGAGGUCUGCAUUUUUUACCAUUUUGGUUUGUUACCUUCGAACGCACCUUAUAAGGAUGAAUAAAAUAUAUAGAAAAAUCAAAGAAUCAGAAAAACAGAAAAAAUUGUUUAACACUUAUUUAGAUGAAAUAGACGACGUCUUGUACUUUUUCGAAGAUGUGCUAAACUGUCAGAAGAGAAGAAUAAAUGAUAUGUUGGUAGUGAAGCUCCUAAUUUAUUUCUAUUUUCCAAUUAUUGGAUCCUUUCACAAUUCCAUAUAUUUUGAUUGUGUGGCCCCAUAUGCAGACAACGGCUUCUGUGACAGCGUCAGUGAUAAUAGGAGUGAUAAAAGAAGUGAUAAUAGGAGUGAUAAUAGAAGUGAUAAUAGAAGUGAUAAUAGAAGUGAUAAUAGAAGUGAUAAAAGAAGUGAUAAUAGGAGUGAUCAUCGGAAUGGCAAAAGAGAGGACUCGUUCCAUCUCAAAAAAGAGGAAAUAUCCAAUUUAAAUGGAAAAGUAAGCUACAGCAACAGUAUUGACCAUGUUUACUUCUCCAGUAAGAAAAAUUGUGAAAAACAUAAUUCUUCUUUUUUCGAAGGAAAAUCGAGCAGGAGAGAAGAGUGGGAAAAUUCGAAAGGGAUACCAAAUAUGGAUGAGGAAGCCAAAGAAAUAUUGGGUGACGAUGAUGAGGAAAGGAAGGGACUAGAAGUUAACGAAAAGAAAAAGUGCGAAGGAAGUGUUAAUACGAGGGAGGAGAAAAAAUUCCAUGAGAGAGAGGAAAACGGAAAUGAUAUUUCCACAGGAAAAUUGGAAAAACUAAAUUAUAGCAACAGCACUCCCUUUUUAAAAUUAAUUAAUAAUAAUUUUAAGAAUUUAAAAAAUUUCAACUUUUGCAAAAGCUUGUCAUACUCGAAUACGUCUUCCAUUAAUUCGAACAUCAGUUGUGCAGAAGCCGAGAGGGAUAUUAUUCAAGACGGGAAGGAGGAACUAGAAGAGGAAGUAAAGGGAGUAGAAGAAGCAGAAGUAAAGGGAGUAGAAGGAGCAGAAGGAGCAGAAGGAGCAGAAGGAGUAGAAGGAGUAGAAGAAUCUCAAUCCAACGUACAGGAAAAUUUAAAAGAAAAUAAUAAUAGCGUGAAUCCGAAAAGCAAGAAAGCAGACAAUUCGUACGAGUUCCUCUAUUUUAGUGGAAAAAGGAACUCCAAGAAAGAAGCAGCAGCAACUGAUAAGUCCACGCAAGAUGUAAAACAAAGUGAAGACGGUCGGGACAGCGAGGACAGAGAUGAAACACAUGUGCAGACAGAAAAAGAAACGGAAGGAAACAAGAAAGAUUCAAAUUUCAUAAAGGAAAAUGAAGUAAAAGACAGUUACUUCAGGAAACGGAAAAAAAAAAAAAUUUACAUUCACAUGAGCUCAACCUAUGGGAUUUUGCAUAAGAAAAAAAAAAAAAGUAAGUACUCAAAUGGGUGUAGUGGUGGUAGCAAUAUUAACAGUAGUGGAAAUGGAAAUCGAAAUGGAAAUGAUUGUAUAUAUGGAGAAGAUGAAUUUUGUGACAUUAAGAAACUAAUAAGAAACAGCAUUUUUUUGGAAAAAGUUCAAAAGCACAAUCUAAGCCAGUUGUGUCAUAUCGAAAUCCCCACUCUACAAAAGAAAAUUACGUUCGAUGAAAAUGUGAACAAUGAUAUAUACAGGUACUUAUUCGAUUUUAACUAUUUUACUUUAAGAGUACUAAAUUAUUAUAGCAAUGAAAUGAGCAUAACAAAUGUAUUUUACAAUAUUUUUAAAUUAAGUCUCACUUUUCAUCCCUUAUGCUAUGUUAAUUGUUUUAAUAAUUUUUCUAUACUUUAUAAUUAUUUAAUAAAUACAACCUUGUCAUUAUUUAUUUUAAUAAGAUCUUUAAAUAUUUUGAAAAAUGAUAAAAUUAAUAAAAUUGUAUAUUCACUUAUUUUUGGAGAACGUAUUAAUGAAAACUUCCUACAUAAAAUCCUAUCGAAUGAAUUGAAAGACCCUUAUUUUUACAAUUAUUUUUUUGAUUCUCAUAAGAAGGUGAAUAUCAGGGGAAAAAAUCCAACUGACGAUACAGAGUUUGAAAAUGAGUAUUGUUCUUCCAUUGAAUAUUUGUUACCUGAACACAACAAAGAGGAAGAAAUGUUUUUUCUUAGUUUGGUUAACAAUUACUAUAUGCAAGCGGCCGAAACAUGUGUUGAAAAAAUUUUCCAAAAGGAAGAUGACAUGAAUGCUGAUGUGAAUAAGAAUAAUCAAAUGUCUUUUGAGAAUAUAAACAAAGAGGUGAUCUGUACGAAUAUGAAGGAAGAUAUAAUAGGAGGGAAUAAUGGUGUUCAGAUUUUUAAUAAACAAGAGGAGGGAAAUUAUAAGGGAUGUCCACAAACAGAAGGAAUUAAUAACAGCAUGUUGAUGAAGUACAAUGAACUGAGCAAUCCGAUAUUGCUGAAUUUCUUGCUAUUAACAAAUGUACAGAAAGAAAAAAAUAUAAAAAAGUGUGAAAAGGACAAUAUAAAAAAUAAAAUUUCAGACAAAUAUUUCUUGUUGAGUAUCCAAUUUGUUUACAAUUUUAUCAAAAAUUUUGAUGGAAAUUUUAAUAAUGUGAUUAUCCCAUUUUUUAAAAUUUCAAAUCAUAAUUUUGUUUAUGUUUUUUGGAACAUUAUAAAUGUUCAUAUAAAUAAUUUGUACCUCAGAAUUAUAACCAUCAAGUUGUUAAUUAAUUUGACCUUGUUAUAUAUUGAAAAAAUACAAGACAAGAAUGUGUGUAUCAGUUUUGUUACGCCUUUGUUGAGUUUAAUACAACAGACCAAGAAAAAACUGGCAAAAAAAAUCAAGAGAAUUAUUGGAAAGAUGGAAUACAAAGUGUGUCAAAUUUUUUGGGAGGAAAGAAAAAUAUACGAGAACUGCUCUCAAGAAAAAAUAAACUUAUGUAUGGAUUCCGUUUUGGUAAAUGUUGUGAAUGACGACGAUGGUCCAGGCGACAACAACUUUUUGUGUUAUCCCGUUUCACAGAUUGAAAUAUAUCGACGCGGUGUUCAUGUAUUAUUCGUUUUAGAUGGAAUAUCGAAGAAGUUACAGAAACUCAUUUCCAGUACAGAAAGCGAGAAUGUGCAUACCAUUCCCUUUGACUUUAAUUACAAUGACAUGUCGGCCCUGAUCGAUAUAAAGAACAAAAACACGAUUAAGUGCUACCUGAAGAAUAAUAAUAAAAUUUUUAACUGUUAUUACAUCGAAGACAGUGCUAACUUUCUUUUGUGUAUUCCGUCUAAUAGCCACGUAAAUCAAGCACUCAUUAUUUUUAGUUACCCACUAAUGCUAAUAGAUUUGUACAUAGACAAAAAUGAUAAUAAGAAAUUGGUAAUUCAUAUAUACAGCUACAACAACGAGGAAAAUAACAAUGCGGAAGUUUCUACUGUAACUAAUUUUAACAACUCAGAAAAAAAUUUCCAUAAUAAUAGCUUUGAUAGCAAUUACUUAAACACUGUUAGGAGCUACAGUUCAAAUAAUGACGACAACAUUUUGGAAGAAAAUCCAAAGAUCCACAAGAAUGAUUAUAUCCUUAAUAAGUACAGCUCCACCUAUAAGAAGAACAAGACAAUAACGAAUGUAAAAAAGGAAUGGUGUAACAAGGAAUUGAACUUUAUGAAAAACAUCUUGAAGCUGAACUUCUAUGACACCACGAGAUCUCUUAUUGUUUAUAAAGAAGUUAAAUCUGGAAUAGAACACAUAAACGACAAAUAUAAAAAGAAGUUGGAAGAGUAUCUUAGCACCUUUUAG